AUGGGGAAUCAGGAGAAACAAAUCAGUGGCUCCAUAAUCAGCCAUCCAUAUGACAACAGCAGCAACUGCUCUUCAGCAUUUAGAAACACUGCAGAAGAGGAUCUAAUACUAGCUUACAAACAGAUUAUUCUAGGGUAUGUGGUUCCUUCAAUCUGUUUGUAUGGGAUCAUAAGCAACAUAUUAAACAUUGUUGUCCUUUCAAGCAACAAGUUGAAAGAUUCUCUGUAUACAUAUCUUCUAGGACUGGCCAUAGCAGAUCUUUUAUCUCUUGUCCUCUUCCUGUUCAGUAGUUUGACAAGAGGACUUUACAAUGGAGACUUCGGCUGGAUGACAUUUGAGGUGUACAUAUAUUUUCCUUUUGCCUCGGCUUCUACCAUGGCCAGUGCUUUACAAACCAUAGCUGUGACAAUUGAAAGGUUCUUCUGGGUCUCCAAGCCCAUGAAAUCAAAGCAGUUCUGCACCAGAGAACUUGCUGUGAAGGUGACCCUAGGCAUCUACAUUACUUGCAUCAUUUUUAAUAUACCCCGCUGUUUUGCUUUUACAUUAGCCAAACAGGUGUCUUGCAACUCUACAGAGUCAGCAGAUUUUUAUCAUUUCAGUUAUACAGAAUUUGGAACAAGCUCUUUUUACAUGGCUCACUCCUGGGUCAGCCUGAUAGGAAUAACUUUUGGCGGAAUACUUUUCCUAUUAAUUUUCAAUAUAUUACUGUUCAGGGCAGUGUACAUUUCUAAUAAAACCAGCAUCACUAUGGUGUCAUCCAGCCAACAGCAGAGAACAAAACAUCAGCAACGUCUAACCAUGACACUGGUGAGUGUUGUAACAGUAUUUUUAAUUGGUGAACUGCCUUCUGCUAUGGUAAAUAGAUCUGUGAGUGUUGCAAUAUACGGGCAAGGAGACAUGAGUGUUCUGUCAAACCAAACAUAUCAGCUGAUGAGCCUGCUUGGGACGACCCUGGUGGUGCUUCAGCAUUCUCUCAAUUUUGUUAUAUACUGUGUGCUCAAUAGACGCUUCCGCACUGUUUUUAGGGUUCACACCCUGCGCUGCUCUACAAACACAGUAAAUGAUGUGGGCACUACUCUUAAUAACUUAUCAUAG